ACGCAACUGGCAUAUUAUUAAUAACUUCAGUUCAGUGCGGCACCUGAAAAAUAAAUAUUUUUAAAUUCUGCUUUUAAUCAGACGUGCUUGUUACCCGUAUGGUGUUUUGCAACAAUGUCAUAACUGACAGCAGUUUAAAAUCUUGCUAGCGGAAAUGCGAGAGAGUGGGCGGAUCAUGAAUGAACUCUUCUUCACAAUAAGAGCAAACAACACGAAGAACCAACCGGAAGCUUCACGCGACAUCGAUUCUCAGGUUUGUGCGGCUGUAAGCGCUUAUAGAUGAUUCACAGAUGAUUGUACACGCGUGUCAUUAGUUUAUACGUCUGUGUAGAUCUAGCAACUCAACAAGUGCAUCAAAACAAAUCUGUGGAUUCUUUCAGAAAUAUAAUUAAAACUGCUGAAGGUCUUCUGAUCAUGGCGACGUCUGCUGGAGACAGCAGCAUUCUCGAGGAGGAGCUGACGUGUCCAGUGUGUCUGGAUCUGUACCGUGAUCCACACCUGCUGCCCUGCGGUCAUAACUUCUGCCUGCCCUGCCUGCGCAGACUCAAGAGCCGCUCGGACCACGGCCGUCUGCGAUGUCCCGAGUGCCGGCAGAGUCACCGCAGCUCCGCCAACUGGCAGAAGAACUUCAAACUGGCCAACAUUGCUGACAGUAUCCGGCGUCGUGGCCAAUCAGAGCGCUCCACCCAGAGCCGGAGCGACACGUCUCUCAGAGCCGCCCAGGUUCACUGUGAUUACUGUCCCGAGGACGCCAGCGGAGACGGGAAGGGUCCAGUGGCGGUUAAAACCUGCCUGAAGUGUGAAGUGUCCAUGUGCUCGCAGCACGUCCAGCCUCAUCUGGAGCUGCCGGCGUUCAGAGAGCAUCCGCUGGUGGAGCCGCUCGGAGACAUGAGGAAGAGGAAGUGUCUGGAGCACGACGAGAUGUUCCGCUACUAUUGUCUGGAUGAGCGCUUGUUCCUCUGCAACGCCUGCACCAUCGAGGGAACGCACUCGGGACACGCCAUCAAAACACUGAAGAACACCAUGAAGGAUUUCAAGGCCUAUCUUGACAUUCAGCUGCACAAGACCAACAGAAAGAUCCUUAAGGCAGAAAAAAAUCGACUGGAACAAAAAGAGAUUGAACGGCAAAACAAGGCCUACCGGGACGACACAGAUCAACACCUGGAUGCUUUCCGAGAGACGUCUAUUGCACACCUGGAUGCUUUUCUGUCCUCGCUGCGUGAAUGUAUCAGCGCUCGUGACGGUGAGCAGUGUUCGGGAAUCCAGCAGAACCUGAGUCAAAUAGCACAGGAUCAAACCCGUCUGCAGGACGUUCACUCGGGCUUUGAGAGGCUUCUACAGGAGAGCGACGCUUUCCAGUUCAUCAAGGAAUACAAUUCAUCUAUAAAAAGGUACCGGCGACUGCUGAGAAAGCCUCUGUUUUUCCCUGAUGAGGCCACAGUUGACACAGAGCCGCUGUUUGAAACGAUGGAAGGAAAGAUGUGUGAGUUCAUUGAUGAAUUGCGGCAGCACGCCAGCGCCCUCCUCAGCAGCGUCUGUGAAUUUGAGGGAGGAGAUGCUGAAGAGGAGGAGGAGGAUGAAGAGGAUGAUGAGGAAGAUGAUGAUGAUGAUGAUGAUGAUGAUGAUGAUGAUGAUGAGGAGGAGGGUGAGGAGGAGAUGAGGAGUGAGGAAGAAGAGGACCAGAACCUCACUGACUCUGGAGAUGAAGAAUAUUCCCCAGAGGAGGAAGAGGAUGAGGAGGACUAGCAGAAGAUGAUCUGCUCUUGAGUUCCUGGAGCUGAAGUCUUCAUCUGAAGGAGAACGAGCCGCGUCUCCUGUGAUCUUACAGAGUCCAUGAUGCACUGAUGCUGUUUGAAGAGUGUGUGAGAGUGAUGAGGAAACACAAAUAUUUAUACACAAGAACGAUAUAAUAUAAUAUAGAAGGAGGGAGGGGGGUUAAAAAAGAUUGACUCAUUAAAAAAAAAAAAAAAAUCCAAUCAGGUAUGUUUAAAAGCUCAGGGUACAUGAAUGUCAAUUUGGGAUGGGCUCCAUUUGCACUUUUUUUUUUUUCAAGUUGCAGUA